AUCGGAGUCUAACAGUCACACCGUCAGGAUGAAGAGUGAUGUGUGUGUCCAGAACACGAAUGAUUUCAGCACCGUCAGUAAAGUGUCGGCAGCGGCAAUGGGUUACUUCCACGAUGAAUUCCAGAAAUACUUUGUAGGUCGGACUAGCAGAAGAUCCCCGCUCAUCCACAGGGGGUACUGUGUCCGCUCACAGGCCGUCAAUCACUGUAUCAGGGAGUUCCUCCAAGACACGAAGGACUGUGCGCACAGACAGGUGCUGUCUUUGGGAUGUGGAUUUGAUGCUCUGUAUUUCCGGAUGUGCGGGAAUCUGGGGGCGGAGGGAAGCACGUGUUUCUGGGAAGUGGAUUUUCCAGCCGUGGUGGAGCGGAAGCGACGGGUAAUUGCAGAGACGGAGACGCUGAGGAAGAUGCUGAGCAAAAACGCAGACUGCGAUGGCCCCGCAUGUUCCAUCCUUCUCUCGGAAGAUUAUAAGCUCCUCGGUGUGGAUCUCGGUGAUCUUUCUUCCCUGCAUUCUGCACUGGACAGUGCUGGCCUGACAUGGAAUUGUCCCACUCUUGUACUAGCAGAGGUAGUUCUGUGCUACAUGGAUCCCGACAGAUCGACAGAUGUGAUUGGCUGGGCAGCACGGCGCUUCCCUCAUUCCCGCUUCAUCUUGUAUGAGCAGUUUUCACCAUGUGAUCCAUUUGGUCAGGUGAUGAUGAAUCACUUUGUGUCGCUGAACUCUGCCCUGCGGUCGGUGGCGGUGUAUCCCAGGCUGGAGGAUCAGGAGCGCCGCUUCCUGCACGAGGGUUGGGAGCAAUGUCGCGUCUUGGACAUGAAUGAGUUCUCUGCUUUGUGCAUUUCGGACUUGGAAAAACGGUGCAUCGAAUCUCUGGAGCCAUUUGAUGAGUUUGAGGAGCUCCACCUGAAGUGUUCUCAUUACUUUAUCUUGGUGGCUUCUCAAGGGCUUCUAGCAGAGUGUCCGGCCCUGCGACCGAUCUGCGAUACUCACAGAGAGUUCUCGGUGCUCCCAGCUCCGGAGUUCUGUGGCUCUCUCCCUGUGGAUCCGCUUCCCGCCUCUGUCUGUGGUCUACGACGUUUUGGUCACCGUUCCUGUCCAGUGUCUUCUCAGGUCAUCAUCUCUGCUGGUGGAUUUGGGGAAGGAGACGGCAAGCACCGGAGAUUAGACGACAUCCACCUGUUAUUGCGGGAAGAUGAUACCUGGAGGCGAGAGAUGAAUGCCAGCCAAUGGGAUGGACGUCUCCUGCACUCCCUCACACUUCUCACCGGCGGUCAGGUUUUAGCUUUGGGGGGUCGAUUCUCCCCUUCUAGACCGGCUAAUGGUGCUCACAUCCUGCAGUAUGAUGUGGUGACACAGAGCGUGAAGAUCACACCGAGAGAUCUCCAUCCUGAGCUGCAUCGCUGGAGACACACGGCCACCGAGGUGUCCCUCCACGGAAAGAAAUAUACCUUUGUGUUUGGAGGUCGCUCAGUGCCGUCUGCAGCCCUGCAGGAAGAUGGCCUCUUUCUCCAGGAGGAUGAGCCGCGCUGGGUUCAGGUCCAGGUUAUGGGCACGGCUCCUCCGCGGUGCCAUAGUCAAAGCUCUUCUGGAUGGAAGGGUGCGGCUGUUAUAUCUGGAGGUCUCCUCGAGUCCGGACUUCCCACAGGAUCAGUUUACAUCUUACAACCCCGCCAAACUCAUUUCGAGUGGGAGAAGCUGGAGACGAGCCCCCCUCUCACUCCCAGGUACGCUCACACCUCGCAUGUGAUUGGCGACAAGCUGCUUCUAGUCGGAGGAGUCUGGAUACACAGACGAGGUGUACCAGGAUUGGCUGUAGUAGAUCUGAAAACCGGACAAGUUGGUGAAUUUCAGCUUGAUACUGCCUCGUUGACAUGGCCCCUCAUGCUGCAUGGUCACAGUUCUGUCCUCCUUCAAGACUCAAAGCAGAUUGUCAUCCUGGGUGGAGGUGGAACCUGCUUCUCAUUUGGGACUCAUCUGAAUGCGCAGCCUGUAGUGGUCGAUCUCUGCGCUAUGUCAAACUAUCUCGCUUGGCCUUGA